AUGAGCUUAAGCCAGAGCCAGAAGAGCAACGUAUCCUUUCCAUCCAGUGCCCCGAUCAGUGCAUCAGGGGUGUAUACUGAGGAGCAAGCACCUGCGCCGGGUCUCCCGGUGGAGGAUUGCACUGUUCAACUGGCAUUCGCUGUAUUGAACCACAUCCUUCUGUACACGCAAGACCCUCUUUUAGACACGCCGGUUGAGAUCCGCCAAAGGGAGCGAUGGAUUCUCAAUAUCAACAGCAAAAGGAUCACGGCAAUCGACGAUGGAGGGCUGAGUUUGGUAAUCGAUGCUGGAACAAGGACUAAGAAGUCGGUCGUCUUGAUUGAGGCAAAGAGGCGACUCGAUGUCUGCAAGGACAGUAACCAGCCAGUUGUGUCCCACGAGCUCCUAGCACAAAUGACAUGUGAGGCACUUGCGGCGCGAUCAUCUGGGAGAGACGAGCAUGUAGGAGACAAUGUUUUCAUUAUCAACAUUACUCAACAUUACAUGUGUUUCUUUCUCUUAGCCAUCACCGUACCGCAGGUCGAGGAUAUCAAGAAUGGAGAGACACCGGGUAAAGCGAUUCGUGUCACAGCGACGAAUUGGUUGUAUUUUGCAGAUGCAUCUGAGAGGAAGGUUGUUGUCAGGAAUGUAUAUCAGCUGGCUAAGUACAUGAGGGAAGAAGAUCCCGAGUGA